AUGGAGGAUCGAUGUGCACCAUCGUUUUGUUCAUGUGGAUGCCAUUUACCACGGCCGCUGAAAUUGAUCGAACCGCCGCACGAACUGUGUUGCUGCGAAUACAAUCCUUUCAGCGACAAUUCAAAAGAAUCAGAGAUCUACGAUUUGCCGUUUGCCUUGCGAAAACUGACGAUAAUGAAGUGCCAGAUGAAGAAAUGGCGCAUGGAACGAUUGCAAUUCGAGAGCGAAAAUAGAUCUCUGAAACAAUCCCUACAAUCAUGCGCGCACCGCAAGAGAGACUCUGCUCCUUUUAAGCCUCAUAAAAGAGGAUUACGAAUAUAUUUCGAGCGGUCAAAUAAUUUUCAUGUAGGUACGAAGCUCGACGAAAUACUUGCUCCCGAUCCCCUGCUCGUGCAUUAUCGCGAGGAAAACGAAAGGCUGCAGAAUGCAAAUGAGGAACUGGCAGAAAAAGUUUACAACCUCGAGGAGAGCCUCGCCGAACGAGAUUGCUGCGACGAUCCUUGCAAGAAAGUUAAAUACAUGAAGGAAAAAAUAGCAGCACUGAGAGAUCGUUUCACUGCCGAAAAGAAACAAAUGCGAGAUACGAUAUCACAUUUUAAGAUGAAACUGGCGGAAGCCGAGGAGGAUACUUCCUACGCGACAAUAAACCGUUUGAAGGCAAAGCUUCGCGAGUUAAUGAAAGAUGGUCAGAAAGCCGAUCAACAGGUGUCCGUGGUUGCCGAGAGAUCAAUGCAGAUGUCAGAUCUCUCAGAGCGUCCGCAAGCCGAGUUAAUGCAAAUUCGUUCGAUCAAGGAUGUUGCUGUACCGAUCUUAAAAGACGAUGUCGUUCCUCCAUCUAUAGAUGAGGAAGAGAUAGAUACGUCGAUAUUACAAAGCCGUCUUCAGAAUUGCAAACAGCUUCUGGCUGAAUUGAAAACGCAUUUAGAAGAGAAAACGGCUUACGCGGAGGCUUUAAAGAGCGAACUUGAAGAGCAGAAAGUUUCCGCCGAAUUGGCAUUAGAUAUGGAUCAGGUGACCGUCAGGCGUAUAGAGACGGUCAAAGAUACACAAAAAGAACUGGAGAGAAUGAAAGAUGAAAAUAACGAAUUGAGAAACGAGAUCGAUAAGUUGAAUGUUAACCUGCGUCUCCAGGAAGAAAAAUUUCAAGUGGCGCAAGAGGAGUUGAAGGGUGCGAGAGACAAUUUGCAUAGUCUUGGGACUGAGAAUGAAUUCUUGAAGAAGGCAUUGGAAAAUGCUCAAUUGAAAAUUAAUGAACUUAAAGAAGAAAAUGUUGUCUUAAAAAAUAAUCUUGAUAAUAUGAUUAAGGAAUUGGAAUCUGCGAAAAACGAAAAUAAUAAUAUUAAAACGGAGGUUGAUCAAUUAUUAUCUGAUAAUAAGCAUCUACGAAAUGAAUUAGAGAAGCGAGUGGUAGAGAUGGAUCGGUUAAAAUCCGAAAGACCUGCAUUAAAGGACGGUUUCGAUAAAUUACUGGAAGAAAUAAAUAGAUUGAAGAACGAUAACGACAAACUAAAGGAUGAAAAUGUUGUUAUUAAAGCCGAAAGAGACAAUUUAAAAUCUGAGAAUAUUCUUCUUAAAGACAAUUUGUCUAAGACAGAUUCAGCAUUAAAUGACGCAGAAAAAGAAUUGGAAGAGUUCAAAAUGAAGAAUGGAGUUUUUACAAAAGAAUUGGAGGAGGCUAGUGUAAAUAAUAAUAAGUUAUUCUCAGAUUUUAAUGCUCUGCAAAGCGAAAUGGCAAAGUUAAAGUUGGAGAAUAAAAAAUUACUACAAGAGGUGGAUGAUGGGAAAGAAGAGUUAACGAAAUUAUUAUCCAAAAUAGAAAAUCUGAGGAAGGAGUUAGAUAAUUCAGGUAACGAAUUAAUAAGAGUAAAUAAUGAAGUUGAAGAUUUGCGUAAGAAAACAGCUGGAUUAAGUAAUGAACUAAAGGAGGCGAAAGAUAUAAAUGAACAACUAAGGGCAGACGUUAACCGAAUGACAGUAGACAGCAAAGCUACUAAAACAGAAUCGAAUAAUUAUAAAGAUGAAAAUGAUAAGCUAAAGACAAAGAUAAGCGAAAUGAAGGAACAAGCAAACUUAUCGACAGAUGAAAUAAAUAAAUUAAGAAAACAACUUGAGGAUGCCGAGAAUCGGGUUAAGUUGCUCGAGCCUCAGAUCGCUAGAUUACAGACUGAUAAGGACAGGGUACAAAAUGAGAUCAACGUUUUGCAAAAUGAGAUCAGCAAACUAAAACUAGAUCUUGGUGCAGAAACUGCUGCUAAACGAGGCAUUCAGCAAGAGUUAACAGCAUUGAAGAAUGAAAUGAAAAAUUUGAUUUCGAGGAUCGAUGAAUUGAAAGUGCAAAAUCAUGACCUACAAGAAGAGAAAGAUGCCCUCAAGAAAGAAUUAUUAAGUAUGAACGAGAAAUUGUCGAAUUUAAAAGUUACGAAUGCUGAGAUGGCGAGCGAGGUUAAUAAUUUAAAAACGGUUAUAUCUGAACUUCACUCGCAGUUAUCUAAAUUGGAAGAAGAUGCAGAUUAUUGGAAAAUAGAGAAUUGCAAAAUCAAGAUAGAGGUGGAUAAGUUGUCCAUUGCGAAUGAAAAGGCAAAAGAAGAUUUAAACAUCUGUAAGGUUGAGCGACAAUCAUUAGAGAAGGAGAUAAUUAGACUUAGGAUUGAGAAUGAAGAAAAGAUUAAGCUUGAAGGAGAAAUUACAGAGCUUAAAAAUCAACUGGAAAAAUUAAACCAGACUUUAUUAGCCGAAAAAUUUGCUAAAGAAAAGGCUGUGGGAGAAUUAGCGAAAGUCAGCAAUGAGAUCAUUGCAUUGAAAGAAGAACUUGAAGCAUUGAAAGAUGAAUUGACUAAAUUAAGGACGGAGAACGAUAAGAUGAGAGACAAAGAAGAUAAUCUGUCAUAUCAAGUAUCAACGUUAAAAAUAGAACUUGAAAAUACGAAAAAUGAGAUAUUAGCUUUGAGAGCUGAUAAUGACGCAUUAAAGUCAAAAGCAAAUGCAUUAAUAAUUGAGAACAAUGAAUUGAGAAAUGAAUCGACAAAACUAAUAUCCGAAAUUGAUGAUUUAAAAUUGAAAAACAUAAAUUUCGCAAAAGAGCAACAGAAAUUUGAGGAGGAAUAUAGUAAGCAAAAAGGCGAAGAUGAUAAACAGAAAGCUGAAAUUAAAAGUUUGACAUCAAAUCUGAUAGCUGAACAGAAAUUAUCGGAACAAAUUAGAUCAGAAUUAUCUAUUAGUCAAUCAGAAAACGAUAGAUUGAGAGCGGAUUUAGAAAAGCUGCAGAAAAAUUUGGAUGCAUUUAAACUAACAUAUGAUAAGCUGAACGAUGAAGUAAAUAAUUUAAGGGAAGCAUCGAUUGAUGCGGACAAAACGAACAAGUUACAAUAUCACGAGGAUUAUGCAUUACUAGAAGAGAAAAAUGCGCUUUUGAGCGAGUUGGAUGGUUUACGAAAGGAAGUGGCUGACGCACGAGCACAAAUCGAUGACUUAGUUAAGGAUCUUAAUGCAGAGAAAACAGGUAGGAACGCCGCCUUGAAGGAAUUGGAUGCCUUAAAAGAUGUUUUGGCUCAUUUGCGGGAUGAUUUAAAUAUAUGCCGAGAGGAGAACGAGCGGCUAACGAUCAAGUCAACCACUUUGGAAGAUCAAAUGUUGGCGUUACAGACAGAUUUGAAAAAAUCCGAGAUUGAAAACGAAUUGGAUAAAGUGAAAGAUACCUUCGAUGAGAGACCAUCGAUAAAACAUGAUGAAGUGCAGCAAGAUUUAAAAAAAUUAACGAUAGAAAAAGAGGAGUUGCAAAAUGAUCUGAUUAGAGUGCAAAGCGAUAUAUUAAGAAAAGAUAUUGAGAAAGACGAUUUUACAAAACAUAUAGACGAUAUAGACGACAUCGAUAAGCUAAGAGACGAAUUAAAGAAAUUAACAAUUGAAAAUAAUAUUUUGAAAACCAAAAAUGCAGACCUUAAAUCCGAAUUGGAUCGUUGUCAAGCAGAGAUUAAGCAUUUGAACGAACAGCUUGACAAUUUGCAGAAUGAAAACAUUCGAUUACUAAAAUCUUCUAUUUCUUCUGUUGAAGAGGCUGGCGUGAUUAAACCGGAUGAAUGCGGCGACUUCGUUAAGGCGAAUGAAUUACUAAAGAAGCAGAUUGAAAAGCAAUAUGACGCUGUGCAACGUAUGCGUGAUUACAUACACUAUAUAGACGGUAAAAUUUCGACGAAACCCGCAAUGGCGACGACUCUGGACGAUGACUUCGACAUCCUGCAUUGGAGGGUGCCAUCCAUCGUAGAGUUAUUAAAAGAAUCUCAAAAACUGUCCGAGAACAUUUAUCAGGCGGAAAUCGAAUUGCAAAGCAUUGAUAAAUUAUUGGAAGUGCUUAGCGAAUGGAAAAAAGAUAAUAAGAAUUAUAUAUCGGAGCUUGAUGUAGAAGUUACCAAGGUUGCAGGUGUGGAUAAUGGCGAUGAGCUUGCAGCUUUUGACCCUGAAUCUUGGUUGAAGUCUUUAACGCUGACGCAAUUGGCCGAGCUGCACGACAAGAUUUGUUUAUUGACUUCAAACAUGGUGCAGCAAGACAGCGGUCCCGAUCGAUCGGCGAUUAAUUGGGACUACAGCGGCGAUCCACUGCAAGCGGAUUACGACGCUUUAAACCAGCGGAUCGCCGCCUUGCAGAAGCAAAUAGCCGAGAAGCAGAUUGAAGCGGGGUGGAAGCUGCAGGAAUUAAGACAAUCUCUCCGUUUCGAGCAGGUUAACCUGAUUCAAAUCUCCGACCGGAUGAAUCUCGAAAGAAGACGCAAUUUGGCUCUCCAUCUCAUGAGUGAUUGA